ACAAAAUGAAGUAACAGUUAUCGAGGGCGAUGAAUAUGAAGUGGAAUGUCUAGUUGAUUCCAAUCCUGAAACGAAUGGAAUAUGGAUACAUCCAGAUGGUUCUCUCUCUGCUGGAUCAACACUGACACUAAACAACAUAUCACGUAGUGACACUGGCACUUACACCUGCUUUGCAGAAACUGUAUUUUGGGAUGGAUCAAUCGCGUCAGACAAUGAUUCUUUGCAUUUUGAUGUUCAGUAUCUGGCCAAUAUUUCCCUUUUUGGUUCAACUAAUGUAUAUGAAGGAAGCGAUGUUGUUUUACUCUGUGCAACAACUGAUGCGAACCCUCAUCCUUAUGAAAUGUAUAUAAACCACACAGAUGACAAUGGCAAUGAAAAUGUAGUGGCGGAAGUAGAGUAUGACUUACAUCUACUUUAUAUCAUUACAUCAAUUAGUGAUGAACAGAGUGGAACUUACACAUGUUAUGCAGCAACACGUUUUCACGACGAUACGAUCGGCAUAAGUACCAGUGAUGAAAUAGCAGUAAACGUACUUCAGUAUUCACCUGACAAUAAUAGUUCUACAGACGGAGCGAUAGUUACAUUAAUUGUUGUAAUUGUUCUGCUAUUUGCUGCUAUUGUGAUAUCAUGGAUAUACAUAUUACAUUUACGACGACAUUCACAGGCAGAG